AUGUCAUCACCACAGUUACCGCGAGAAUGUGUACCACUUCAGCUUCCUUCAUGGGACGAAAUCGACUCAGCCGAAAUGAACUGUAGUGGUUCGGAAUGUGAAUCGGAAAGUGACCAAAGCAGCCUUGAUUCUUCAUCAAGAGAUGAGAUUGAAGAUUUAGCUGGACCUUCGUCAGUAGCUUCGAUCGAUACAGAACAUCCUUCUCUUGAUCCCUCACAUCUAUUUAUUGAUCAUCUUCCCAAUAGUAUUUCUGAUAACAUUUCAUCAUUUGGAUGCGCUUUACCACCAACAACACUUUACGGGAAUAACGGUAGCAGUGAUGAUGAUCCUGAAGAUCCGGGUGACCCUGAAGAUCCAGAUGGUAAGGUCUUUCCGGUAUUUUCUUGUGAAAUGCUUUAUUCGCAUGGUCCAUCUGUUCUGCCAGCAUCAUAUUCUUCACCAUCCCGUCAUCCUUCAUCGAAUUCGACGACUUCAGUGAAUCUUCAUAAUAAUUUUUCACCUUCUCUUCCUGUUGAAGAAACAAAAAUUGAACAUGGAACAACACUGCCACCACCUGAACCAGAAGAAACGAGAACAUUAUUGCGAUCAACAAAUAUUCACCACAGUAAAGAUUCAAAGUUCGUACAAACCAGUAUACCUGAACUUCCGAUCAGUCGCCAUUUUGCACAAUCUUUUCUGCCUUCAAAUGAAUCAAAUUCAAAAAACAAUUAUGAAUCUGCAUUUGGGCCAACUAUGCCUCUGGAUUUAUAUCCACAGCCUUCAGCUUCAUCGUACCCAAACGAAUUUGAUGUUGAAAUACCGAUCGAGAGCGAUGAGCAUCAUUCAGUUGGGGAAUCAAUCGACAACAUAAUAGGGCCAAUACCUCCAUGGGAACAAAACAGUGAAGCAAUGGCAAAAGAUUAUGAGGAUCGUUUUGCUAGAUAUGCAUUAUGCAAAACUAUUGAGAUAAAUCGUAUAAAAUUAAAGGCACCAAUAAAAAAGCGAGAAGAAUGGAUGUUGAAGCCACCGACAAAACUCGGAAGAAUUGCGGGUUGUUCUUCUUUUUCCCGAAGCUUAAGCGGCAAUGCAGCAAAUGAUGAAGGUAUCCGGAACUGGACGGAGACCCCACUGGAAAAAGCCAAAAGACUCGGUUUUGUUGAUUGCGUUUCAUUUCUGGAAAAUUCUGGAAAGUCGCAGAAGUUGCAAGAUCCAAAACAGAAACCAUCUGAUGCAAGUGCUGAGGGAACGUCUAGUAGUGGAAAUAUUUCUUUACUCGAAUUGCAUCGCAGAAAACGAAAAUUGGAUGAUGAUAAACCGAUGAUUCGUCGUCCAUUUGAUCGUGAACGUGAUUUGCAGAUUAAUGGUCCUAUUAGCAAUAAAUAUAGCAGUGUAAUCAAAGAGCAAUUGGAAGAACUGAAGUCACGUUUCACUAUUUCUCGCUCAGAGUUUCUAUAA